GGACCAGAGAUUCUGUCAAAGGGGCAGAAGGCCAUGAGACUACAGCUUUGAAACAGGGGCUAACGUUGUCCAUGUUCCCCGAUCACGAAGAGAACGAUGAUCUUCGAUGCCAUUCCUACGCGUGCGGCGAUAUUUCAUAUUACGUCCGCACGCGGCUUGGCUUUCACGUUCACGACCACCUUGCUUUCUUUCCAUCUCUUUCGUCUCGAGCGAUGGGCAAUGCAUAUAUAUUCACGUUACAGCCUACGUUCACCCAAGGACUACUUCUCGGACAACUCUCCAUCCUAUUUCUCUUAGUACUUAUACUCAAGUACUUGUUUUUUGACACCGACCUGAAUCAACCGUACAAACCGGUUUCGUAUCAACCACGAAUAGCAACGACUGAACGAGAUAGCAACGAUGAAAUAGACCGUACAAUCCCCAUAAAACUCAGCCCAGAUGACAUGGAGGGUCUUUCUGCGGGAUCGGGCACUGUAGAAUGGCUGAAUAUCGUAUUGCAACAGAUACUCAGUACAUACAGAAUGAAACUCUGCGACAACGUACUCGGUCUUGAGGGUGAGGAGAUUGCCCGACGCCGAGUCGAGGGGUUUGCGAACAAGCUACGACCGGCAGCGUUCGUUGACCCGAUACAAGUCCACUCUGUGAAUCUAGGUGUUGCCGCACCUCGCCUGUCUCACCCACGACACCAGCAUCUUGAUACCCCAUCCUCUGAACAUCAGGUCCAGUUCAGCAUGGACUAUACCGAUACCAUAUCUAUAUCUUUUUCGACUUCUGUGCUCUUCAACUACCCUUUCGCCUCUUUUGCGCGGCUACCGGUCUCGUUAACGAUAUCUCUGUCACUAUUCUCCUCCUCGGUCCUACUGGUCCCUCCAGAACCUGGAGCCGAGCAUCCUACCCUGACGAUCACACUUCCCCCACCGCACACAGAUUUUGUCCUCGAUUUGAAGACCACUUCUCUUAUGGGUAGCCGAGCGAAGCUGGCAGAUGUACCCAAACUACACGAGCUCAUCACUUACCAGAUUCGAAAAGUGAUUACUGACAAGGGUACUUGGAAGGUUGUCUUGCCAGGUCUCAGUAGUGUAAGGGAAGUCAAAGAAGACAUUGAAAAACAGCAGCAUUAUAUGGAAAGCUGAUGGCUGAGUAUCCUGUACUGUAUUCUAUCAUGAAUAAUGUUAUGAUAUGUGCAACAAUACUGUCCUAUGGUUG